AUGGUCAAAUUCUCCAAGGGGAUGUGGCAUGCCACACCUGACACUAUAAUCCGCUGGGCUACUGAAUCUGUCAAGGCAGAAGCACUCCCUGAGUCGAUUCGCACUGUAGCGUCUUCACGAGCAAUAAACCACCGCGGCGACACUCUUAAUAACCCAACCUUGACCAUUACAGCCUCCUCACCUUCCGACGAUAUCCUCUUACUCUCCUCCUACCAUUGGAAAGCCCAGCGCAGCACCGCAAUUGGACCUCGUUUCGAACUCUACCCCGAUGGCCUUCCGGAGCGUGUUAAUCCCGUUACUACCGCCAAAACGGACGAUUUACUAACAUUAACUACGGGAGAGCUUACGACAAGUAUCAAUAUCCGUCCUAAAUCCUUCAAUGUCGACUUCAAGGCAGGAAAUAAGCUAUUGACAAAGCUUGGUUGGCGCAGCGUUGGGUACGUCCAGAAAGGAACGGAUGCUCAUCCCAAUACCGAACUUGUGGAUCCAGAUAAGGGGGAGAGGUGGUUCACGUAUCAGUUGCAGCUUGGUGUCGGAGAGAAGAUAUAUGGGCUAGGGGAGAGAUUUGGACCAUUUAUCAAGAAUGGACAGACUGUGGAGUUGUGGCACGAAGAUGGUGGCACCUCGUCAGAGCUUGCCUACAAAAACAUCCCAUUCUACCUCUCCUCCGCCGGUUACGGAAUUUUUAUUCCUACCUCCGCCUUCGUCUCCUAUGAGGUACAAUCCGAGCGCACCACUCGCGUCAACAUCAGUGUCCCCGGGGAAGCCCUCUCAAUGUAUCUCAUCUACGGCCCAACACCUAAAGAUAUCCUGUCAAAAUAUACACUCCUCACCGGGCGUCCUGCCUUGGUGCCUGCAUGGACCUUUGGACUAUGGUUGAGUACGAGCUUUACGACUAACUAUGAUGAAGCCACCGUCGAUAGUUUUUUGGCGGGUAUGAAAAAGAGAGAGAUCCCCGUAGGAGUGUUCCAUUAUGAUUGCUUCUGGAUGAGAGGGUUCCACUGGUGCGACUUCGAGUUUGAUCCGUUGUAUUUUCCGGAUGCAAAGAAACAAUUGAAGAGUUUGAAAGAUAGGGGGAUAAAGAUUUGCGUAUGGAUAAACUCUUAUAUCGCACAAGAAAGUAAAAUCUUUGAUGAAGGAGUUGAGGGAGGCUACUUUGUAAAGAGACCUGAUGGAGGCGUCUGGCAAUACGAUGCCUGGCAAGCGGGAAUGGCAUUCGUAGAUUUCACCAACCCAGCUGCCUGUAAAUGGUACCAAAGCAAGCUCGCCGAUCUGGUUGACCUUGGUGUUGACGUCUUCAAAACCGACUUUGGCGAGCGCAUCCCCACCGGAAACGUCGUCUACCAUGAUGGCUCAGACCCAGAACUCAUGCACAAUUACUACACACAGCUCUAUAACAAAACAACAUUCGAGAUCCUGGAGAAAAAGCUCGGCCCUAAUAACGCGGCACUAUUUGCGCGUUCUGCAACAGCAGGAGGCCAGCGUUUCCCUGUCCACUGGGGAGGUGACCCGAUGAGUACGUAUGAAGCAAUGGCAGAGACGCUAAGAGGGGGUUUGAGUCUUGGUUUGUGUGGGUUUGGAUAUUGGGCUCACGAUAUUGGUGGGUUCGAGGGGAAGCCGGACCCGGGCCUGUUUAAACGCUGGAUAGCGUUCGGGUGUAUGAGCAGUCAUAGUAGACUUCAUGGGAGUGGGAGUUUCAGGGCACCAUGGCUACUUGAUGAGUCUGGUCAGGCUGACAGGGUGCUCAGGCACUGGGUCAACUUCAAACUCAGUAUCAUGCCGUACCUCUACGAAGCAGCAAUCAAGGCCCACACCCACGGUCACCCCAUGAUGCGGCCCAUGUUCGCCGAGUUUCCCGAGGAUCCAAUCACUUGGCACCUCGACACGCAGUAUAUGCUCGGUGAUAACGUCCUUGUUGCACCUGUUUUCAAUGACGAAGGGGACGUAGAGUUCUACGUACCAAAAGGGAAGUGGUACGGGCUACUAGACCACAAGAUUCGGGAGGGGCCCGGGUAUUUCAAAGAGAAACAUGAUUUCUUCUCGAUGCCAGUGCUGCUCAGACCCGGAUCGGCGGUAUUGAUGGGAAAUCGGGUGGAUAUCGCGGAGUAUGACUGGGAGGAUGGCGCUAGUUUAAUGGUGAAUCCACUGCCGGGGAAGACGAUCAAGGUCAAUAUUCCGGACUGGAAGAAACAGGGAGAGAUUAAGUCGACGGUGGAGGUGGACUAUCAGGAUGGUCAGGUUAGUCUGAAAGGCGCAAAGACUGGGAUUCUAAUUGUGGAUGUCCUGAAAAGAUCUCAGUGA